GAUGUUGAAUUGGAAGCAAAAAUUAUUAAAGUGACCAAACUGAAAAGAGAAAUAAAUAUCAACUAUUAUGUCUCUUGGAAAAUACGAUUCCUACAACAGAUUGCUGGCCGAAGAAUUGAACUUCCUGGAGGACAUCCGCUGCCGGAAGAAACUUCUCUCGGCGCUGGUGAGGAACCAGUUGGAAGCGAGGUUUGGCAAGCAGCUUGACUGGGCUCAGAAGAAGAUUCUAUGUCCAAAGCAGGCUUUCAAAGAAGUCAUAGUGGAUUGAGGUGUCGGGUACACUUAUAUAUCGUUAUAACUAUUUGAAAUAAAUCGGAAUAUAAUGUA